AUGGGUAAAAUAAAUGCCAGUCACAGUAGCUAUUGUUACGAUAGCAUGUUGAAGCGGUCCGACGACAAGUAUCUGCGGAGCUGCAGCAAAAUCGAACCGAUCGAUGAUCCAAACGACGAUGGUGACGAUGAUGAUGAGGACGAUGAGCGGUCAAAUGAAGCCCACCGAGGGGGGCCACCGGUUCAGGUUGUAUGGCAUGCGGAUAAACUCGAUGAUCUACGCGGCACCGCGUCCGGUUCGUCCGAUGAUGAGCAGGAGACACGUACCAUCCGGUAUGUACCGGAAAUUCUGGAACGAAUUGACGAGAAUCGCUUGGUUUAUCGAGCGGAAGGUAACGCCAACAUUGUGCUUUCCCUGUCGGACAACAAGCAUGUACUGCGGAUGCGCAAAUCUACUGUCGAAACGCGCGAGGGUAAAGGUGACUCCAACGUAGAUCUUCGACGGUUCGUCAAGUACUCGAAGGUCAUCGCGAGCCAAUUUUCUGAGUGUUACGUUCCGGCGCCAAAGCUGGCUCAUCUAAAUACGUGCAAUCUGCAAGCGUUUAAUGAACGAUUGCGAUGCUUUCGUCCUGCGAUGAGACUCGGCAAGGAAGUACGAGAGCUGGAUGGCAUUCUCUAUCCGGACGUAGCAUUCCUGCCGAAGUGGCUGUAUCCGGCUACGCGAGUGCGGGACUUCAGUCAGGACCCAAAAAUCUCUUCCACACCAACCCACUACCAGACGUACUGCGUCGAAAUCAAACCGAAGCAAGGCUGGUUGGCGUACGAAUUCUGUGAUAACAUUCCCCUUCCGGAGUUGACCAACGGUGGGGACCUUCGGAAGUGCCGUUAUUGUUUGCAUCAAUAUUUAAAGCUCCAAAAGAAAUCGAUAGCAAAAAUUAGUAAAUACUGUCCACUGGAUCUCUAUUCUGGUAAACCCGUUCGUGUUCUCCAAGCCGUAAAAGGCCUUAUCGGUGCACCGCAAAAUAAUUUUAAAAUUUUGAAAAAUGGCAAGGUCGUGUACGAUGACAAGCGAGAAAAGUCGAUGUACAAUCGGAUAUUGCGAGAAAUGUUUCCACGGGAUGGUCGCACAAAGGAGGAGAAAAGCACAAUUUUCAUGAACCUCAUCAAGGAAAUUUUGCUAAAGGACUUCACUACGAACGAUGAGCAUUGCGAUCGGAAGCUGUUGAGCAUAAAAAAGGACCGAAAAAAGAAGGAUAAAAACCUGCUUCACGAGCGCGCCUGCAAUCCCGUCAAUCAACAGUUUCUCCCGAAGAGUUGCGCGUUGCGACAGAUUUUGGACGUUCAGCUGUUGGUGAAAUCGAGCAUUUCCACGAUCGAUCAGUCCAAGUGGACCAAAGCAUUGGGUUCAGAUCCGUACAGCUAUAUUGAUGACAUGUACGAAAAGUAUCUGACCUACCAAGAGGAUGCUGGUGUGCACGGAGAACGCCACAGCACCACCUGGCCCAAAGAACUAUUCACUACCGAAUAUCUGUCCGAGGAGGAAAAAUAUCAGCUCGGUGCGACGGCCCUGGACUGCUCGAUAAUGAUCACGUUCCGACGGCUGUCCGGUGAUCGGGCAGAGGAGAACAGCCUAAACGAGGCCGCCCUCAAUCACAUCGUGUCCAUCGAGGGUAUGAAGUUUCUCGUAAAUGUAACGAUCACUGAUCUGGACCCAAAGUCGCCGAAACAUUAUGCCAAGUACGUGGAGCAGCUUGCAGCAUCCGCGGUAGCAUAUCGCGACUUUAUAAGCAAAAUGCGUCGUUAGAAG